AUGCUUUUAAGGAACGACCCGCCGGCCUCAAAUGGCCAGUCUGCUCCGGAACCACUGUCAUUUUGUACGGCAUGUGCACAUCUGAGUCAGCAAGGUGCGACCCAGGCUCCUGUCGUUCACGAAUUUCACAACAUAACAGUGGGAGAUUAUGGAAAGGCAAUAAUCUCAUGCCAACCAGGAGCAACAAUGAAAAUUGGCAACGUUACGGGGGGCCGCGAGAGUGUGCUGGUUAUUGGGAGUUUUUCCCCAGGGAGUUUUUUCCCAGAGGCUGGUGUGAACGCACCAACAUCGCCACCAGAAACGAGACUAUGUGCACUAGAGGCGAUUGACAAAGCGGAAAAACUGGAAACCGGCGCUAAAUUCGGAGGUUUUAGACUGGACGAGAAGAGGGCUCUUUUUCUUAGCGAUCUCACGUGCAAUGCGAAGAGACAGGAAUUGGAGCAAUGCUUGAAAGAUGUUGGUAGCGACUGGGAUAUGUCAAUUUGCACAGAAGUGUACGUUUCCCUGCUAGCGCAUUGUAAGAGAUGGCUCAAGAAAGGAGUCAAUGGGCCUGUAGUGUGUCCUAACUGGCUUUGGGCGGUGCGAGAGGAUAUAUAUGAGGACAUUCAGAAACCUGAGCCUGGUCGUCUGGAACGGAUGCGAACAUGGGUACAGCAAGCCCCGACAUGCUCACUCAAGAGAGGCAAAUGGGCCGAUCACAUUUUGUUGUCUCUGUGGGAAGAAGCAGAGAGACAGCAUGAUAAUUACCUGUCCACGAUGGUUGCUUUUACGUUGACAUAUAAGGAAUCAUGUCAGAAAAUGCCUAUUUAA